AACGUGCAACAGUACACAUCUUUACUCUUCCGCCGGAGUCGGAGCCACGUCGCCGACGAGCCAUCGCUGACGCACCUCCCACCUCGGCGACGCCGCGGCCCCAGCCGCGCGCGCCUCCUAUCCAGCAACGGCCCCGCGCUCUCCGUCCCCGCCCGCCGCGCAGACCGCCAGCAGCCCACCACCAGUCCAAUUCGAGAAGGACUAGGUCGUCUCCGAGCACAACACCGCAGCCCGCGGGACUCCGGAUCGCCGACGAAAUCCCGAUCGAUCCCGCAGCAUCUCCGUUUCCAAAUAGAGCCAGGGGGGGAUACUUGACUGCCUCGUUGGUCGUUGCUUGCCGCGCUCGUCUUCGCAAUGGGGGGCUCCUCCGUGUGCGACGGGACUCUGUCUCUCGACGAGUUCAACGCCUCAGCCAAGGCCCUGGUCACCAAGUGGAGGGGGAUCGACGUCGACGCUCUUCCCGACUGGGAGUGGAGGCCUUGCUGCAAGAUGGGGGUGCCAUCUGAGACAGAGGGGUUCGUAGCUCUUGAAGGAGUGUACCGAAUUCGUGCAGGAGGCCAGGUUGAGGAGAGCAGUGACGACCCUGUCCCUGAUGAUGGUGCAGAGCAUGAUACCUUGGUUCAGAGCUCUAGGGAUAAUGUUCAUCUUUAUGAUUUCCAUAUUGUCUACAGCUUUUCUUACAAGGUUCCGGUGCUAUACUUUCAAGGCCUUCAGGCUGGUGGGCAGCUACUAACUUUAGAUGAGAUAAAAAAGGAUCUUCCUCCUCACUCACUUCAGUUGUUAAACAAAUCAAAGUGGACAUUUAUUACUCGAGAGGAGCAUCCCCACCUAAGUAGGCCAUGGUUCACCCUGCAUCCAUGUGGAACCAGUGACUGGAUGAAGUUGCUUCUUCAUAAACUGGGAGAUAAGGAUCGAUCUCUGCAAUACUUGCCAGCAUGGUUAUCUGUGGCCGGUCAGGCAGUAGGAUUGAAAAUCCCUCUUAAGCUUUAUUGCAGUUCAUAGGUUCACUCUUCUCCAGUAUGUAGUACAGUACUAUUUGGGUGAGUGAAAUGGGAAGUGUCCACCUCUUAUUUUGCUGUGUAUAUGUUCAAACAUUUCUCUUGGUAAUUUGACCAUUUUGCAGUGUAGUAAUAACUAAUUUUAUUGCAUAUGCAUGCAGUUGCACGUACUGCGGCAUAGUUGCAGGUUCAACAUGAUGAUC